AUGUGUGAAACUGUUAAAGAAGUUUGGGAUAUUCUAACAACCACACACGAGGGUACCAAAACUGUUAAGAAUUCUAAGCUGCAGAUGUUAACCACUAAGUUUGAAGAGAUUAGAAUGAAGGACGAUGAAUCGUUUGAUGAAUUCUAUGCGAAAUUGAAUGAUAUAGUUAACUCUAUCUUUAAUUUAGAUGAAAGGAUCCCCGAGACCAAAAUCGUUAGAAAAGUUCUUAGAUCGUUGUCCGAAAACUUUAGACCUAAGGUUAUUACAAUAGAAGAGAGCAAGAACUUAGAUACCGUUAAAAUUGAAGAACUCGUAGGAUCACUUCAAACUUAUGACCUCACUGUUUCCCAACUUAAAAGGGUUAAAUCCAUUAUCAUGAACACCAUUAGAAAAGAGGAGAGCGAGUACACUGAUACUGAGACCCUUAAGGAUGACAAAAUUCCUUAUUUCAUUAAAAAAUUUCAGAAGGGCUAUGGUCACUAUAGGAAUGAAUAUCCUAACUUGAAAAUGAGUUCUAAUAUUGGCAUAUGUAAGACUUUAGCUGUGACAUUAAGUGAUGAUGAAUCAAAUUCUAGUGCUCGAAGUGAUACAUUUGGUGAAGAAGAUAAUCAAAGGCUCAUGGCAUUUGCAUCUAUAGCUACUACAGAGUCUGAUAAAGAAAUUUAG